GAUACGUUAACGUAUUGAGCGCACACAAUGUUGCGUUGCGUUGUCUGCUGAUCUGUCAUCGCAUCUUGUGUUGUUUACAUAUUAUUUUGUGCAAACUAUUUUACUGCGUAAAGUAUUUCUAAAAAUUUUAUUAAAAAACUGGGAAAGGUUUUCCUAGCUUACAUAUAAUUAAUUUCAUCCAACAAAUCCGAAAAAAGAAUGGAUUUCAUUGAAGAGGUGCCGCAAGUUGUUGAAAUACUGUCCGUGGUGAACGAGCUACGGAAGUUAAUUCGUAGUGGCACAAGCAGAGUUCAACGGAGAUGGUGGGUCCGACCGUCCAAUGAAGACCGGGACAAGAAGGGGUUUUUUGAAACCGACUACAAGCUCAUGAGGAGAAGAGACCCGGAGUACUUCGUAAAGUCAGUUAGAAUGAAUCCGGAAUCAUUCGACUUGCUUCUGAGCAAAGUUGGCGACCGCCUUCAAAAGUUUUCCUUUCGUACACCUAUUUCUGCGGAAUGCAGGCUGUUUAUGACAUUGAUGUAUCUCGCGCACGGUUCGUCGGUAUACGUCAUUUCUAGACUAUUCCGUAUGGGUGUCUCCACUGUCAGAAUGAUAUCUCUUGAAGUGUGUAGUGUCCUAUGGGAGUGUCUGGUGUCUGAUUACAUGCCCGAGGUCGAUGAAAAUGGUUGGAACAAGUACAGCAGUGAGUUCUAUGAAUUAUGGAACUUCCCGAACUGUUGUGGUGCAAUAGAUGGCAAACAUGUAGCUAUACAAUGCCCUCCAAACAGUGGGUCAUUGUAUUUCAACUACAAGCAUUUCCAUUCGAUCAACCUACUGGGAGUUUGCGACGCCAAUUAUAAUUUUAUAGCUAUUGAUGUAGGAGGCUACGGCGGCAAUAGCGAUGGAGGCAUAUUUGCCAACUCCGAGUUUGGAAAACGACUGAUGAGUAACCAGCUCCAUUUCCCGCCUCCCUGUGAAUUGCCUGAUUCGAGUGAAAUGUUACCUCACUAUAUUGUGGGGGAUGCGGCAUUCCCGUUGAAGCAAAAUCUCAUUCGUCCAUAUCCCGGUUUACGCCUGCCUCCAUUACAAGAAACGUUCAAUAAACGCCAGUCUCGAGCAAGGAGGACUAUAGAAAACAGCUUCGGAGUACUUGUCGCCAGGUGGAGGAUUCUUAAAAAUACAUUAGUCAUGUUACCCAACUCGGCAGAAGCAGUUGUCAAAGCAUGCGUCAUUCUACAUAACUUUGUCAAACGACAUGCCUCUUCUGAGUAUUGCCCGCCAGGUUUCAUUGAUAUAAUUGAUAGAGAUGGCAAUAUUGACGUCCCGGGUGAAUGGCGCACUCUCGUGGAACAGCCAUUAAGAGGCAUCCCAGCAUCGUCUUUACAAAAAGGUAACAACGCUGAGAGAUCUGCUUUUGGAAACCGUGAUGCUCUUGCAAAUUACAUUUUCAACCAUCCAAUUGCAUAAUAAAACACAUUUAAUUGGCAUACAUUUUAAUUGAAUUCGAAUUGCAAGCAUAUGUCCUAAAUAUAUU